AUGCGAUUGUUAACUGGUGUUGAUCAAAACGUUAAAUUCCAAUUCGUUCCUCUUUCGAUUGCUUCUCUUGGUUCCACAGUCUUAGUUGAAGGUUGUGAUCAGAAUCGUCAAAUCUUCUGGGUUCAUGCUUGGACGGUUUCUGAUCAUGGGAUAAUUACUCAGGUUAGGGAGUACUUUAAUACAUCCCUUACCGUAACUCGUUUCGGUAACUCAAAUCAAUCUACACCGUCCACUUCACCAUCAUCAUCACCGUCCACUUCUCGAUCAUCAUCCCCAUCAUCGUCAUUUCACUGUUUGCCUCUUUGGCAGAGUACGCUUUCCAAUAGUGCUGGAAAGUCCAUGCCUGGUUUCGUUCUGGCCAUUUAA